UUAGUAUUGAAACGUCUGGCAUUAACUUACAGUGCACAACCCUGCCAUCCCAUCAUGCCGAUUGGAAAACUGUUUUCGUAGUGCCCUGCAAAACGGGGCCGUCCCUGUCGCUGGCCAUUAUAAGCGCAACGAAGGCUUGCUAACUUUAAAUCAGAUCGUACGGCGGAAAGGAAGGUUUCAGAAGAAAGCGGAACAUCGAACAUUAUUGUCUGUGCCACAGUGCUUGUGUUCUGCGAGGCCUUUCCAACUGCUUCAAACAUGGCGAAGCCUGCUCAACUAUUAAUUAUUGAACCGGCAAACGAGCUCAAGUUCCAGGGACCAUUCAGAACUGCGGUGGCUUCGUAUAUGCGCCUUACGAACCCAACCGAUCACGACAUUUAUUUCAAAAUAAAAACCACCGCCCCGAAAAAGUACUGUGUGCGGCCAAACUCGGGCUUACUGGAACCACGUGAAUCCCAAGAAAUUGCUAUCGUGCUGCAACCAUUCAUUUUCGAUUCGAAUGAAAAAAACAAGCAUAAGUUUAUGGUACAGUCGAUGGUAAAGCCAGAGGAUGAAGAAAUCAAUUUGGAGGAUCUAUGGAAGAAGUAUCCGGAAAAAUUAAUGGAUUCGAAGUUGAGAUGUGUGUUCGAUUGUCCUCUAGAACCGAACCAACCGACACCGAAUGCAUCUGUUUCAAUUAAUAGCGCAUCAGCAUCUAAUACUGUAGUGGAGCGUAAUGAAACAACUGGGACAUUCCCAAGUCAGAUGAAACUUGGCAAUUUCUGUAGUCAAAACGAAGAAGAACUGGUGGAUGUAGAUGACUCACUUCUAAAAGCGUUUAAGAAACUAAAAGAAGAUGAAUGUGCUUUACGCCAGGAGAAUCUGCAGUUGAAGGAACAAAUACUACAACUUCGUUUGCAGGUUGACGGCAGGGCCAAGGAGCCAGGUCUAGUUGCUGCUGCUAGAACUGCGGCAGUUGCGCCCGUUCAUUUUCAAAAUACGUACGCACCACCUCCGUUGACCGAUAACCAACAGCAGGCGGAAGCCAUGGUCUUGCCGUGUGCUAUACUUGCCGUUUUCAUGUGCAUCGUGGGCGUGCUGCUGGGCAAAGUUAUGUAUAGUGAGGGUAACAAAUAAAGUUUAAUUAACUAGAGUGGUGCACCUUGGGCGUUGAACGGUGCGCCCUAUCAUGAAAGCCAUUCUAUCUUUACCACCAUAUUGCCGUACGAUGGUAGAGAUAGGAUGGGGCAGUCGCGAGCAUCAACAGAUCGUACAGAAAGUGAAACAGGAAAACAAGGAAAAAUAAGAAAAAAGCUCUCGUUAGCGAUGAAGGACAACCAUUAAAAUCAUUUAACAUAAUAAUAAUUACAACAAUUGUAUAGAGAUAAUACGCUCUGUAGAAACUGGUGAGGGAAAAGACAUUUGUCCGCAAUGGAUAACAGGCAGGGACGCAAUUUGUUAAGACGGGAGGUUCAAAAUUAAAAAAAAAACUAAUACUGAGCUACGCGUGAUUCAAAACAUGCAGUAGAUGAAUGAAAACGAAACACCGUAAUUGAGCGACAAGGAAAAGGGAAUAGGCGGCCGUGUUUGUGUGGGAUUAUAAAAUAAUGAAAACACAGGUUUUGUGAAAACUUAAAAAUAUAAAAUGUCCCUGGAUAGUACCAUUGUUACGAAACCACAAACUAACAAACAAAUCAGCUGGAUUGAGUCAACAAAGCAUACAUAUUUUGACAACUUUUCACGACAGGUUCGUUGCCAACGAUGCUAUAUAAAGCGAGACACACAGGCCACUACACGAAGGGAAAAAUGCGAACGAGAGGAUGGCGCAUCCUAAAACAUGUAUUAGGAACUGUGUCUAACAAAUCUUGGGUGCAAUUCGUGGAAAGACUACGUGGGUCCGACAAGGUUGAAUGCAAAGGUGUGAUGGAACUGGAGGCGCGAUGAGCACAGGACGCGGCAUAGCGUAAGUGAAUACAAAAAGCUCAGGGAAGCAAAGGAAAAAGUUCACAUGAAAAAGUAACAAUUGUUGGAAGAAGAAAGGCCGAAGACUACGUGAACUUGUUGAAAACAGAGUGCGUUAUGGACCUACAAGACAAUUCUUUGAAACGGUAGCAGGUCAAAGGACAAUUUCAUCCUACGGUCACUUGCUGUUCUGACAAGGUUCAAAAUCUGAUCAGUAACCAGCAAGAGCUACAGUGGAUAGCGAAAAGAAGUUUAGUUUCCGAACACAAAAUAUUUUAGGCAAAACGAGGAUGAAAAAUUUGCUUUAGUCAAUCAAAAAUCAAUCAAAAACAUUCAAUAAGAUGUGAACAUGAUAGUUUUGGUGUAUUUAGGGAUGAUUGAAGAGAAAAUUUUUAGCCAAACAUAUUUAGAACAAGCUAAGUUUCUCUUCAGCGAAAACAAGUUUAGUAUCCGCAAUGCAUACAAUUCCGCCUAGAUAGUGUAGCCAAACAUCCUCGUUUUGUGAUGUGGCCUUUUCUACAGUUCUCAUAAUAAUACAUGAGGAGGAUUGGUCCGAAUUGGAUUGAUUCAUUUAGCAAAUUCUGUUAUAUUGAGUGGGAUCUUUACGUACACUCCAAAGUUCAUGAAUAACCACAUGUUUUCAGUGGUUGGCUGGUCUGGACAAAGAUGUUAAUAACCUUAAAACCUUGAUAUUAUCAUCAACGAGGUACUGCAUUACUACUUCUGGCUUGUGAAUGAUUGAAUGAAUGAUUUUUCUUUCGUCGAGUUUUGACCAGCUUUCGAGUCACCAUGACCAGGAAAGGUCACCAACGUGUAGGAUUCAUGUAAAUUAUGCAUCCCUGGAACAUAAUGCCGUUGUAGUUUGUUUCCUAAUAAUGAUGCAGGUCCCUUACCGCAGAAAAUUUCGAACCCCUUAUAAUGGGAGGUGAAUCAUAUCAAAGAUUCAUCUCAACAAAACAGCUUUUCUCACAAUAAGCGAGGUAUUGAAGCAUGCAGAUAGUAAAAUACCGUUCUUUUUUUGUAUUGGCCAUGGUUAGGUGCGGAAACAAGGCCAGAUUUGUCUGCAUGUUAUAGGCUACAUCAAAUGAUAUGCACGGAAGGGAGUUGCAAACCUUCUGAUUUUAGUUUUUGGCCAAUAUUUCAGGCGGAUUGUAAAUGGUUUGUGGAGGAGAUAUUGAGUAUACGUUUAUCAACUCGUUUUGACGUUGAUUUUUUGCGUCCACAAACCUUAAUAUAAUGCGUAUGACCUUCAUUUUCAUACAGCUUGAUUAUUGCUGCCGAUUGUUUGGUCGCUUUUGUCGAAAAUACUCUAAUACUCAAAUUAAUAACUAAAUUACGUUAUUAAUUGGUUGGCUUGGGAUAUUUAGAGGGUUCUACCAUAUUUCAAGCUGAGAAACAGCAUAAUGUCUUGUGAAUUCUUCACCAUGCGUUUCUCAGCUUUCAUUCUGCAUUUUGAAUAUGAAAACACGUAAUAAAUCAUGUUAUUAUUGCUCAUCAAUUUAAAAAAUGUACUCUAGUUGCUUAAAUGCCGAACAAAACGAAGGAAAUUGGUGUGAAAAACUGAAAAAUACAAGCUUCCAACUUCAACUAAACUUGUUUUCGCCGUGCUUGGGGCACCCGUCUACUAGAUGGGCGCCCGUCUACUAGAUUACAUCUAAAUCUCAUUUUAUCGCCCAAAUUUUGUUGUGAGAACCCCAAACUAGCAUUAAACGUCUCAAAAGAGCCAUUGAUGAUGUACUCAUAUGACGAGCAGAUGAAGAUGAAGAUGUGUACAAAAGUUCAAAAGUUCAGUAGCUAAAUUUCUAUUCGUCGUCCACUGUAACCUCAUGGUGGGCCCAACAUUUUGAUGAAACCAAAUUUCACAGUAGUCAAUGAUCAAAUUACUGAGCAACCAGAAGCUCCACUGGCGGACAGAAAGUUUUUUCUGCCACCGUGUAUCGCAGAGACUCGGAAGUUCAUAGCAAACCGGGAUAACAAAGGACCAGGCACUUACAGGAUAGUGGCCGAACUGUUGAACAAAGAAUGGUAGAGAUAGAGAGAGAGAGAGUGGAGCAUAAGAUUCAGCAAUCAGUUUUAGUGAGGGAUAGCGAAUCGAUGCCUUGUGACCUUGAAUCUUGCCGUCAUCUAUCCUAUACACAAGAAGGGUGUGUAUAGAAACUAUGACUAUAGCUGAAUACCGCCUGAAAGAUCUUCCCCCAAGUUCUGCAGGAACGACCAGUUCUAUACGAUGAUGAGAUAGUUGGUAACUAUCAGAGAGUAUUCAGGAAGGCGGUAACCGAAGAGAGGUUUAACACUGAUCAGAUUUUCAUCUUGUCACCUUUUCGUUGAUUUCAAGGCCGAAUAGAACAACACAGCUAGAGCAAAAUUGUAAACCAUGGCGGAAUACCGGCCCAACUCAUCAAACUUUGGAGAAUUACACAAGCUAGGUGAAGGGGAAUGGCAAGCUUCCUAUCACUUUGCUACCACAAAGAGGGACGCCCAAGGGACGUUCUAGUCUGUUUGUUUUCCAACAUCGCGCUGGAGCGGGCCAUCCGGGACUCUGGAGUGGAGGAUUGAUGGACCAUCUACUUCAAGUUCAGCCAGAUUCUGAACUUUGCUGAAGACAUACAAAUUAUAGGGCGAAGUUCAGGCUCAUAAAGGGAUUUAGCAAGCUGUGGACAGUAUCGGUUUGCAAAUCAAGAGCGAGCACAUUCAUCGGGCCACCAUCAACAGCCCUACUAACAACGUCAGAACUCAUUAGUGGGAGUGACGUUUUAAUACGCAACCGUAAAUUCAAAGACAUACCGAGCUUCACCUAUCUACCAUCAAAGGUUAGCACUGACAAUGACACAAAUAAGGAGUUUUGCGCUAUUUUGCGCUUUUAGCAGUCAACAGGUCAUUCUACAUUCUGACGAAACUAUUUCGCUCACAUCUGGGGUUAUACAGAACCUUUAUAACCCCAGUACUCACAUAUGCUUGUGAAACAUGAACUCUGUACAAAUCUGACGAAACCCUCGUAGUCGUGUCCAGAGGUAAAUGUUCAGAUUAAUUUUUGGCCUCGCAUGUGGAGAGUCACAAUGAGGAGCGAACUAUACACACUGUACGACGACCUUAUUAGCGUAUAUAGCGUGCCGCGUAUAUUUAUCGCCAGGCUCUGGUGGGCUGGUAGGUCACCCAGAAGGACAGCGGGAUCGUGGGUAAGCUCUGUUUAGAAUUGUGUGACUGUGCCGAUAGCGAUGCAAGAACGACCGGUUUGAACGAAUUGACGGAUGAAGGCGCUGUUCCGUGAGCAAUGGUGAACAUUUCUGUUGCAGGCCAGAAUCACUAAACAGCUAUAGCUGCCGGAUAAGUAAGUAAAGCAAGACACACACUCACGUGAAACGGAUUAUACUAUCAAUCUUUAAAGUAAAAAAAGAGGAAAGUAAACAAAGUAAAUACACAAACGGGAACCUAGGGCUUUGUGUGCAGAGGUAGGGAAAAUACACAUCCAAUUGAGAAUUGGUAGAAAACAAGAUACCCAGCUUAAAACAACGCAAGCUUAUAGAAUAUGAAAGCCUAACACAAAAAUUCAUACACAGAACACCCAGACACACCCACAGAUAUAUGUCACCAAGAAUUAUAAGAGAAAUGCAAACUGCGCGAGUCAACAAUAUGGGUAAAAAGCUAAUAGAACUGUAGGUGUUGACGUAUUCUAUAACGAGAAAUCGAAAAACCAAGAAAAACUACUUAUUUUAUUCUGUUAUUCUUAGUUGCAUUUUUACGUUUCAUCACAUUCGAUGUGUACAUCGUAUUUUACAAUUUUCUCUACCAAAUAUAAAUACAAAAGGAAAUUCGGAAUAGAUAACCGCAGUAACAAAAGCAGCAGUUUAUAUUGUUAUCAAAACUUGUACGUUUUUUACAAAACUUAACAGAACGAAAAAAUGAUUAUUUAUCAUCUUUACCCUGUAGAAUGCCUGUAGAAAGACGAUAACCUAUGCUUCUAUUGCUUUUACCUCUUCGUCAUGCUACCUACCCCUAUUACUUGUUACUAACAAUAAAAAACCCAUAGAAAAACUAUUCGUUUUUGUAGUGAGUUUGUUCAGCCUUUGUGCGGACGAAGAGAACAUUUGUUAUUAUCUAUUCGCAUAUAUCCGAAGCACGACUAGCAGUAAUCGAUUUAUAUAUCCGUCUUCUGUAGCAGCUGAGGAAGUGACGACCACAAGCGAAAACAAAACAUUUACGGAGAUGAAUUAAAUAUUGUUGGGCGAAUGUAUCGCAGUUAAGUAGCAAUAUAAAAGGAAAUUAUAAAUCAAAGCGGUGUUGGAUGAACACUCGUGUCGAGUUGAAGGAUCAUAACCAAACAAAUACACCAAAUACAUCUACUCAUUGGCGAUUUGAACGAACUAGCAUCAUGUUAUGAGAAACGGAGGUAUGAGAUUAGCAUGAAAAGUAGAGUAUGCGGAGAGAGAUAAAAAAUUAAAAUUAAAGCAAAAUGAAAUUAGGAUUGAAAAAAAAUCAAACAUAACAAUGUUGUAGAUAAAUAAAAUACACUAUUGUAAUGGCGGCUUUAGAGCAAACAGCAAACAAACAAAAUAUAAAAGGCAAACUGUGGAGAAUCAUUGCUUAACAAAACAAAACAAAAUACUAAAAAAUUCAGAACAAAAACUUAUAUUAAAACGAACGAUGCAGACCUUUACAUACUCGUACAUACACACAUACAAAAUGCAUCAUUACACAAACUCAAUUAAGCAUGCAUUCCCGUACAUUAUGAAACUAAUGGCAUAAAUGUUUGCAAGGGUAGAUCACGGUUUGUUUAUAAUGCAAAAAAAACAAUAAAACAGAAAACAUAGAAACAAACAUGAUAAACCCAAAAACUAAAGGUAGGGCAGUAUAACUACAUUAACCAAGGGUUUACGCAGCACACUCUGUUAGCAAAUGUAAUGGAAAUUAUGAAUGAGUCUCAAAGGCCUUCCUAAUCUUUAUCAUUGCUGUUUCUGUAUUCUGUAAAAGCAUACUUAUGUGAAAAAGCAAAAUAAAGUAUGUCACUUGCUAUUUGAAAACUAGCCAAUGAAUUGAAAUGAAGUUGAUCUAUGUAGAUCAUAGAUUAAAUCUAUGUACUACUUGCAAUUUCAGUAGCGCCGAUCUCUUUUUCCAGUAGCAUUCUUAUUUCAUGAUGGCUGUGCAAAUGA